UUUAUUUACAGACGUGUGCCGCGUUACAUGUCUACUCUCCUCUAAUUUUUCCGGAACCUUCUUUUCCGCUUCCCACUCUCCCUCUAACCUCUAAUCCGUUAUGUAUAUAUAUGUAUAUGCACCCUUCCCUCACACUUCUACUCGCAACCCAAAACUUCCUCAAAUCUUGUUAACUCCACUCUUUCCUUCUCAUCCCUUCCCCAUCUUUUUGCAGCUGCCCAAGCUCUAGUGCCAUGGCAACCUGCGUCGAGAAUAGCCGAGCUAAAGCUCCUUUCUGCAAGUAUGUGAUAGAUAUCUCCCAGCCCGAUGUAAUCGAUCGUUCCGACUGCGCCGUCCCAGCCGACGACCCCAGCGAUGUCGCCGGCGGCGACGAUGUUUGGGCCAAGAUCAAAGAAGAAGCUCGAUUGGACGUCGAGGAAGAACCCGUCCUCCAGAAUUACUACUUCGAUCUCGUCCUCUCCCACAACUCCCUCGAGUCCGCCCUCGCAGCCCAUCUCGCGAAGAAAUUAAGCGUUCCAAAUCUCAUGCCGACCAGCAGUCUCCAAGAAUUGUUCGCGAGCAUGUUCGCCAAGGUUCCGGAGAUCGGGCGGGCGGCGAGGGCGGAUCUUCGGGCGGCGAGGGACAGGGAUCCGGCGUGCGCCAAGAUGGUCCACUGCUUUCUUUAUUACAAAGGCUUCCUGGCGUUGCAGGCCCACCGGGUGGCGCACCGGCUGUGGGCGGAGGGGCGGGCGGCGGCGGCGCUGCUGCUGCAGAGCCGGACGUCGGAGGCGUUCGCCGUCGAUAUCCACCCCGGGGCGAGGAUCGGGGCCGGGGUGCUGCUGGACCACGCGACCGGGGUGGUGGUCGGCGAGACGGCGGUGGUCGGCGACGACGUGUCGAUCCUCCACGGCGUGACGCUGGGCGGCACCGGCAAGGAGAGCGGCGACCGGCACCCGAAGAUCGGCGACGGCGUCUUGGUGGGUGCAGGGACGCAGAUACUGGGGAACGUGGAGGUCGGGGAGGGGGCGAAGAUCGGGGCCGGGGCGGUGGUGUUAAGGGCGGUGCCGCCGAGGACGACGGCGGUGGGGAACCCGGCGAGGCUGGUCGGUGGAAAAGAGAAACCGGUCCGGCUUGAGAGGAGCGCCGGUUCGACUAUGGACCACACCUCGUGGUCGGAUUACGUCAUCUGAGGGCAGGGUUUUUGUUUUUGGAUGCAGCUCCCAAAAAUACCUCUUAAUUCGUAGUCUGAAUUUCAGAAAUCCUGCACCGUUGGAUCUGCUCCAUAUCCUACGUGGAGUUACGGGAGAGGCGCUCAAUGUGUUGUUUUUGAGCUCUUUUAUUGAAAAAGAUUUUUCCACCACCUUAUGUUAUGAUCAGAGAAUUAAUAAAAUUAUGUAGCCAUUUCUAAUGCUA